UCAAGCCCCAAAUUUAGACUGGAGAAAGAUCAAUAGGCAAAGAAGGAUCAUGAGCUCCCAAGCUGAAUCCACCAUCAACCAUUUCAGCCAUCCACACCCUUUGCAGCUUUCCAAUCAUCAAAACUCCCUGACCUCAGUUUCAUGUUCAGGAUGCAAGCUGAAAGCAACUGGAUUGAUUUACAGUUGCUCAACUUGCAACUACUACCUCCAUGUCAAAUGUUCAAAAAUGCCUCAGCAAAUAACUCACCCUUUUGAUAAAAACCAUGUUUUGUCUCUUCUCCCAAAGCCACUUUACCAGGAGGGCUUCUUCAACUGUGACGCAUGUGGGAAGCGAGGCGAUGGCUUCUGCUACCACUGCAAGAUAUGCAAUAUUGAUCUUCAUAUCCUUUGCUCGGCAAUGCCAUUGAGCUUUACUCACCAGUCUCAUAAUCACCAGCUCAAGCUUAUUUUCUCACCACCCCAUCCUAGCAAAAUCUUUAACUGUGAUAUAUGCAACACUUUGGGGUCCAACCAUUGGCUUUAUAGGUGUGAUUUUUGUGAUUUUGAUGUUCAUUUGAACUGUACAAAUAAUGUUCCAUCAGUUGCACCAGCAAUGCAAACAAAUUUUUUCAAUCAAAGUCAGACAACAUUCACGGCUGCGGCAAAUCAAGCUCCCAUCCCACAGGUUCAUCAUCAUUUUCAACACCCUGGAACAGCUUCAAGAUCUGCUCCUGAGGUUCCUCCUCAGGCUCCUCCAGGCUAUCAAGCCUAUAAUCCACACUUUGUUGCGCCACCUGCAGCAGCAGGCAUUCCUGUUCCGCACUUUAAUCCUGCCAUGACCCCUGGAAAUCAGGGAAUUCAGUCAGCGGGUAUGCCUUCCGUGCACUGGCAGAAUAAUGAGCAUUUGCAGGCGCUGCAAAGGCUUCAAGCUUUAUUUGCUAAUUUCUCUCAAAACAGCUUUAACCAGCACCACACUCAAGCCCUCAUGGCAGGUGGAGGACUAGGUGGCGGAAUUGGAGGCUUCGGCAGUGGAGCUGGAGGACUUGGAGGUGGAGCUGGACGAAUUGGUGGAGGUGGAGGCUUUGGAGGAAUGCAAAACUUGAUUCAAGCAUUAUCAGGAGUUGGUAAUGGAAUUGGUAAUGGUGCAGGAGGUAGUAUCCCAGGCCUGGAUCUCUUUGGGAAUGGUGGAGGUGGAGGGCUGGAUAUUGUGCAAGGUUUAUUGGGUGGUGAUGGAGGAGGUUUAUCAAUGCUUAAUGGUUUGGAUUUGGGAGGAUUACUAGGAGGAUUUCUUGAGAGAGAGAGAGAGAUGGGAAAGCCUGGUUCCCAACCUCAGUUUGAUCAGUCUUCAACAACUCCAGGGACUGAUCAAUCUUCUUUAGCUUCAAUCAACCAUUUCAGUCAUCCACAUCCUCUACAACUCUCCAACUGUCAAUCCCAACAAGGCUUCAGUGCCAAUUUAUGCUCAGGCUGCAAACUUGAGGCCUCAGGAAUCGUAUACAGUUGCACCAUGUGCAACUACUUUCUGCAUCAAAAAUGUUCUCAAAUGCCUCAGAAAAUCACUCAUCCCUUCGACCAAAACAACCAUGUUCUUUCCCUCCUCCCAAAACCAGCCUACCCUGGAGGCAUAUUCAACUGUGAUGCCUGUAGCCAACAAGGCAAUGGCUUCUGUUAUCACUGUCAAACCUGUGGAAUAGAUCUCCACAUCCUUUGCGCAUCCAUGCCAAUGGCAUUCACUCAUCAAUCUCACCACCACCAACUUAACCUCACAUUCUCACCACCUUAUCCAAACAAAGCCUUCUCCUGUGACAUCUGCAAGAUGAAUGGGCACAACCACUGGCUAUACCACUGCAGCAUCUGCCAAUUCGACGUUCAUUUGACCUGUGUAAAUGCGUUACCAAUAAAUCGUACUUUCACUCAACCUCCAUCAGUGCUGAAUCAGAUCCAGUCCAUGAUUACAAGAAGUGUUUCAAUGCCUCCUGCACAGCCGACCAUGCCUAACGAUUUCGCGAACAACGUAAAUCCUGUGGGCUUCAAUUCGUUCAGGCCUACAGGAGGCAUGGCGGCGCCAAUCCAUCUGCAGUCUCAGCCUCAAUCUUUUGUUGCGACCCCUUAUGCAGCUCCAACUCCUACGCAGCAAACCUUCAUCCCACCAAACAAUUAUAUGACCCAUGGAGGUUAUGGCCAACCUGUUAUGCCCGCUGGAUAUGCCCAACAGCAGAAUACCAUGACUACUCAGAUUGUUGGUGGGAUAGCUAAUGGGCUAGCCAGUGGUGCUUCUCAAUCAGCGACACAGGCCCUGAUUCAGGGAAUAUUUGGUGGUGGUGGUGGAGGAAAUGGAGGAGGAGGUAAUGACGUUACUGGCUUUAGUACUACAGGAGCUGAUGUGAUUCCAGCAGAUCAAGGCACAUAUUUUGUAUCAGAUGGCAGCUUCAACCAGAUUGAUGGAGGAUAUGGAGGAGAUGUUACCACCACUUAUUGAUGAUAUUAUCCAAACUUCUCUUAUAUUUUUCUUCGUACAUUUCUUGAAUUUUCAUAAAUCCAGGUGAUUCCUGAAUAGAAGGGGGAAAAAAAGUUCUAUCGAGGUUGAUCAAGUUUAUUACUAAAUCUGGAAAUUUGCAUGAUAGCUUUUUUGUUCUUGUUGUUAACCUUUUUUUUUUUUUUUUGUUGGCUUAGGAAUGGUCAUUGUGAUUUAAAUUUUAUGAUAUAUUAUGUCAUUAACAUAAUACAUUUUGCAAGGC